GCAGUUUCCAUCUCCGAAGCGCAACCAGAAAAGGCUUUGACCACUCCUCAAGAUGGAUCCAUUAUCUGGGCUGCAGCCAGACACACAGUUAGAGGAUGAGGGGUACGGCAGUAUGCCAUCAUCAUCCAACAAGACCAUGGACAGCCAGGACUCAUCCGGCGAGAUUACAGCAUUGCAUGAGCCUCUUCCACUGACUGAUUUUCAACCGAAGCCCACACACUCCAAACCGCUAGGAGCCAGUCCAGCGAAAAACAGUUUCUCAAACCAUGGACGCUUUGAGGCAUCGCAUGAUUCAGCCAUAUCCAUAACGGAAUCGCCCUUUCUCAUCGCAGGAGCUCCAGAAAUGAAUUGGCACAGGUUGGAUAAAGAGACUGGCGAGCCCAGCUCAGCUGAGCCAUCCCCCGAUCCGGAAGUCCAUGGUCUGGAACCUGCAGCCGAGGGCUGUAGUGAAGACGAAAAGGCCAGCACCGGGACAGAACCGGGCAGCUGCCAUCGUGCCAUGAAUUCCUUCAAGGAGUCGCCAAAGGCUGUGUUACACAAUAGCACUAGGCUGGGCCCGCGAGAUAGCCCCUUAUCCUUACCGACCCCUACUGAAAUCAGCUCUGAAUAUGAUAUCCCGAAAUCUGACAGUGGUACCACAGACUCAGGAGACUCCGCAAUAUACGGAGAAAGUGACUCAAUUUUUGGCGGGGACGAACAGCAUGUACCCCUGGAGGAGAGUCUUUCUCCGUCAAUGACUCACCAAUUAAAGAUGCUAUAUGCCAAUUGCUUGUUUUGGUUAAUAUAUCGGCAAGUCACCUAUACUCGCUCAAGGAAUGGCACAGGGUCAGCGAACAACACACCGUGUCGCUCGCAGUUUAGCUCAAGUCGAGACUCCAGGAGCCGUUCUACCUCAAAGGGAAAGCGCAAGGCCGACCAGAUUUCAGGGGACAGGGGUAGCAAUGAAGACAAAAAUGAUGAUGAUGAUGAUGAUGAUGAUGAUCGUUUCGAUCCUUCACAGCCUGUCAAGAAACCGCGAUCUUUGGAGCCUGCGCCACGGCGUUUCGCCUGUCCAUUCUUUAAACGACACCCGAAUAGCUUUAAGCUCUGUGGAAUGUCGGACCACGAGACACCAUCUCGUGUCAAGUUUCAUAUAAACAGGAAGCACAAACCCCCGAUAUACUGCCCACGGUGCUCGGCAGUCUUCAAGUAUGAGAGAGAGCGCGAUUCCCACGUUCGUGACAACAGCUGUUCUGUGAAACCACAGAUUGAGUGGAUAUGCGCGACUGCAGAGAAACUACGAAUGUUAGGCAGGCGGAGUAAGGGUAGGACAGACAUAGACAAGUGGAAUGAGAUCUACGGUAUUUUGUUCCCCGGGGACAAACUACCGGAGAGUCCAUAUCUCGAUUCUACUGAAUCAGCGGAAGUCAACAUCGUGCGAGAGGCAUUCCUGGAUGGAGCGCCCGCUGCCGUGCGGACUGCAAUUCAGUAUGCUAUUCCCCAGGCAAUGCGAGGUGUCAAUAUUGAAGAGUUUGAUCGUCUCAUGUACACCACCCACGCUCAAGUGUUUCAUCGCGUCCUGAGCGAAAGGCGACAAAGUCAGUUCCACUCUCCACAGCAGUCGGGAGGGCCGCUGUUGUAUCCUUCCUUUUAUUCGGAGAGCACUGUCGAGGCCUCUGACUCGGGAAUAGCGGGGAGUGACAAUGCCGACAAAGAAGACACCGAUGGAGAUUAUUCCCCUUCUGAUUCUCAGAAGGCUAGCAAAGAGCCAAUUGGUGGCACUGGAGCUGAAAACGAAGAAAUCUUUUCAAACUUGAAUUCUUUUACGGUCCCUCCGGAUCACGAGUUGGAACAAAUGGCCUUACAGCAUCCAUUCGAAUGUUGGGACUUUAAUCAGCCUGAUUAUAUUUUUUGGACAGUGGGCGAGGACAAUGGGUCUGCAACGCUCUGAUUUAUAGAUACCUAACAUACGUCAAUACAACCUGUCUCAAAAUACCAUGGCUUUAAGCUAAAGAGUAUUAUUUUAUUGUCACUCAAUUAAUAGGCUAGGCAUUCCACUGUGUAGGUUAGCAUUGCAUAUAAAAGAUCUUGGCUGAG